AUGGAGUCCGAUACAAACAGCAUCGUUGGAUCUCAAACCAAGAGUGAAGUCAAACUCGUCCUUGAAUUGACCGAUAUCAUCGACGAGCUCAACAGUAUCAACCACCUAUUCGAGGCGCAAAGGGACACUUUAGAUACAACAGUCAAGAGUUUCGACAACUCAGAUUGGUUUGCACCUGAAGAGGACCGGUACAAACUGCUGACGGAGGAACUUUCAACAAUGAUCACUCAAUACAUGGAGAGUUGCAUGAAGCAGGUCAAACGCAUGACUGCGAAUGCUCAAAGAACAAAAGAUUGUCUCAAGGAUCUGCUCGACCUGCAACAAAAAGAGGAAACUCUUAACGAAGCGCACUAUUCGCAUAGGUAA